GGUGUCGCGCCAGGCCCCCGCUAGCGGCUAGCCAAGCAAGCAGCAAGCAGUCGCAAUCCCGUCGCCUAACCAGCAUCGCUCGCCUUACCUUUUCACCCUCUUACAAAAUCGCAUCGAGGCUUCCGUCAGUCGCAUAUAUUCGCCCCGUUUCCAUCUGCCGGUCCCUUCGACGUCGUCCGCCGUCGUUCGUCGUCGCCAUUGCCGCCGCCACCGCCGCCGCCACCGCCGCCGUCGCCGCCGCCUGCUGCUCUACUGCCGUCGUCAUCGUCGCACACGCAGUACGUCGUCGUUAUUGCUCUCGCAAUCGUCGUCCAGUCGCGCGUGGUUUUUAACAGCGGUUCUAUUAAAGGGAAAGCGCGAGCUAAUAUAUCUACACAUACAUAAAACGGAGCCUCUGCGAUCGAGCAAAAGCUGAUUAUGAGUUGGAACAGUGCAGCGAUACAGAAAGCAUUCGGGCCAGCGAUUGUAAAGUGAGAACAAGUUUUAUCGUGGUUUUGUGUGUUUGCGAUCCGGCCGAAUCGACCGGAACUCUGAAGUGAGCCGUAAAGGGAAACGUAUUUUCACCGUUUUUUCGGUGAGAAACGGAGCAAGUGCAGAGUCGGAAGGAACGGAGCUCGUAUGUCACACGUUGAAAGGACUAGCCGUGUCAUCGUCGGAAUAAGUGCUGACAAUAUAUUAUCUAUUUUGGUGUGUUGUUCGUUACCACAGUGAAGGAGUCGCAAGCUCCGAAGAAACCAGUGAAGGCUCACCGACCGCCUUACCUGUCACGGUGACCGACAUCACGGCGAGAUCGCGGCUGAUACCUCCGCGUGUUCCGGCGCAAGAACAGCAGAAUCCGGAGUUCGACCGCGGGAGGAACCAGGAGUGCACCGAAUAAAUGACGUAAAUCCGAGGAACGGAAACGCAACGUCACUCGCUAACUCGCAAUUCCCCUUUCCCCCCACCGUACCUCCCCCCUCUCUUCUCUCUCUCUCUCUCUCUCUCUCUCUCUCUCUCUCUCUCUCUCUCACCGUUUUUCACAACUCCCCCGCCUUUCUUUUGUCCAGAUAUCCAAGCAACGGCCUAACCGUAUCCACGAUCCGCGAUCCAAGACGCAACCGGACCUUUGGCCUCGCCUCUUUUACCCGCUUUGUCGUCUACCGCCUUCUCGUGCUUACUCUCUUACUCUCUAACCGCACCCCUACUACUUCUUGUCUACGGUGAAGAAAAAAGAAAACAAGAAAUCCAUCCCCUCCGUUCCGUGUUCUCUCGUCCCUGCGAAAGGAUACAGGCUCUUAGGGUCACCUUUCCAAGAUUCGAGAGGUCCCUUUUCUCUGGCUCCCGUUUUUCUUACGGUCUGGACCACCGCCUACCUCCCGAAGUCGUCUCCCAACCUCAUCCGAGUAGAUUCAACACAUCGAGACGCGGCGUUAGCUUCAGAACCGGCUUGAAGAACACUACGACCGGCUUUUUGAGACACAUGUAUACACAAACACACACACAUACGCAUAUACACACGUAAUAAAACUCGAGCGCAGCAACAGCAGCAGCAGCAGCAGCAGCAGCAGCAGCGGCAACAACAACAACAGCUAUAUUAUCGAUAAAGAAAACAAUUACGUCUAGAGCACACAUUUACCUACACACAUACACAUACACACGUACACACUCGUGGUCGACGUUUAGCUUCGAAGGCUUUCAAGCUUUGCCCAACUACUACGCCUCCGGUUGCUACUCAGCUGCGCCCUUCUAAACCUCGCCGAGUGCAUCGCGCGAAGAUUACAGGAAGGAUAAAGGAGUCGAAGUCUGGUAGAGAGAAUCGAUCGAGACCGAGACGGAUCGAAAAAAAACUCACUGGUCCAGCCCGGGACAGAGAAAGCCCAGCAUCGCCUAAAACCGAAGCCCAGGAGCCUAAUUCGCACUGUCGAUGCCAUUCGCUGCCUCUCUCACUUCUUCACGCUCUUUUCUCGGUGAAACAUCUUCUUCUUGCGAGUGCUGCCGCUGAGUAACCCCGCCUAGACGAACCCCAAAGUGCGCGUCGCCGAGAGGGUGAACAUCCGUCACCUUCCAGCCUAGUUGAGAUUAAAAGAAAAAGAAACAGGAAGCUCUGUUUCCCUCUUUCGCUAACCGCUAACUUGGCAAACGGUACUAGCUGCACUGUCCCUCUGUAUCAUUAACGUCUACGAUCGAUAACAGCCCGACUGUUAAUCGAUAAAGAGCAACUCAGGCGAUACGUAACGGUGAUCACGGUCUAAAUAUAGUUUAGAAUUGUGCGUACUGCCGUUGAGAAUCGCGACAGCCUUCCUACACGGGUGUUCGAUAAUACGUGACAACGAAUAAGUAGGCAAAGUAAAGGAGUACUUCUCUUUGUUCGUCGUUGUCGUCGUCGUCGUCCGGUUUACGCGUGUUUUAUGCUUCGUCUACACGGAAGAUCCGAGCUCUGGAAGACCAUCAACUUGCCACGGGACGCGUUCAUGGAACAAUAAGGCGAUUGUACGCUACUCAAAGAAAAUUCUUCUUGCGCAAAGAUCAGGCCGGUGUGGGUGAACGCGAACAAACAGGCAAGGCUACGCUGUGACAAGCCCAGCGGAGGAAGAGGAUAAAUUAAAGUCGGUGUAAAGCCGGGCUUGUAUACUCCCGCUAAGGAGGAAGUUCCUUGGUCUUCCAGGAGUGGAAGUAUGGCAAUGGUCAACAUGAAUAACCUACUGAACGGCAAGGACUCCCGGUGGCUGCAGCUAGAGGUUUGCAGAGAGUUCCAGCGCAACAAGUGCACCAGGCCUGACACGGAGUGCAAGUUCGCUCAUCCGCCAGCUAACGUCGAGGUGCAGAGCGGACGGGUCACCGCUUGCUACGACAGUAUCAAGGUACGUGUUCCCAAUUCAUGUAACGUCGAUAAUUCUGGUCGAAUAACACUUGGUAAGCAUUGUCGGAGUACUCGCUGUGAUUUUUGAAUUCAUUUACGAUCCGAGGAACCUGAAGGGUGAUUGUUCGUGCAGGUAAUCGAGUCGAUACAAGUUAGUUACACACUUUACGCUGCAAAGUAACUUCGAGCUCGAGUAUAGUAAGCCAUUUGGCGUUAAGUAGUAACCUUUGGAGAAACUAAUCGUUAGGUUGACCGUUAAAUACGGUGACCAUGAAAAUAUUUUCAUUGGCCGUAGCUCUGUUCUGGUACAUGGUACAUCGGAGGCCAGGUACAAGGUCGCUACGAGCGGACUACAAGCGGGUUCUCGUGGCUUUUACGAGCGUUCGGUGUCGUCUCGUAAGUCGCACGCGCUCGCGUCGUGAUACUUUAGCUGCUCUGGAGUUUUGUCGGCGCUCGUAUGGCACCGUGAAGGGGAUCUCGAAAGGGCCGGGAGUAAUCCCACGGAGGCGUAAAGCGACGAAAUACGGGUGGAAAAAAGGGGUUAUACCUUUUUCAUGGUCCCUUAGUCGUGUUUCCGGGCUGGGCGGCUUCAGGCAUUCGCACUAAAAUUUGCACCCUCUCGGGCCCGCAAUGGACGAUCAGAUACGUAGCGCGACGUAAUAGAGAGGCAUUUGCGUUGAUAAUUCGAUCGUCCGCGCGAGCUUGAAAUUGCGGCGAAACUGCGAGCGUGCUUUGUUUGUUAACCGUAAUUUCAACUGUCGAGAGAAGCGAUUGGAAUGCCAUACUACAAAGGAACUUGUAAAACGCGAUCUCAGAUGUAGACGGUGAGCCAGAAGGUACUGUAGAUUACAUUAGAGGUAGAGUAACGUUGGGUUGGAUUAAACAAAAAUUUCAGACGACACGCGUCGAAUCUACUACAGAGAAUGGUCUUUUCUCUUGCCUUUCUUCCCGCGUCUUUUUUUUCGUAUAAUGUCAAAUUCUAUCUUACAUAAUGGCUUCUGCUAGGGUUCACAUAAAUUCUUUACGUUGUUACCAAGGUAAAGCGAAGUAACUCCAAAAGAAACGAAAAGUUGAACGUGGCAAGGUAGGAAAUAGUGUUUGUUUGUUGAACGCCUUUGUUGCGCGUAAAAUUGCAACGUGCCCGAGCAAAAAGGAAGAGAGGAAAAUGAGAUUGAGUUGCAGACUACGGACCAGAAUCAGCGAAGACGUUGCCGCGAACUUGAACGUUAUAACAAUAAUAAAAUUGGCGCGCCAAGACGGUGUCUUGUAUCGAAUCGUACGUGGAAGUCAUAACAAAUAAGAAACGUCAGAGUAUUCGUAAAAUUUGAUUACGCGUAUACGAGACUGGGAAAAGCAGAACAAGCAGUGUAAUAAUAAGCAACGAAAUGGGAACAGGAUCUGCGGCGAAUGACGAAACUCGAAGGGUGAAUUAAUAGGAACAAGCUUUGAAUUAUCAGCGUGAAAUGCAAAAUCAAAACGAAGUAAGACGCAAACGAUACGACUCUUGGACGAACGAGAUAAUAGACGAGCCAUCGCGAACUAUACAGCGAAGAUUAAUAAGAAUCUACCGAUGCUUCGCGUUCGAGAAAGUUGAAUACAAAAACGAAAUCAACCACUGUCACACCGGUUGUAUCGUUAAUGUUGCAAGGGGAUACGAACACAAUGAAAGUGUUAAAUAGUUGUAUAAAACGAGAACGUAAACCCGACUACGAAACAUUAAUCAGUCUCUCGUGGCUUACCGACUGCAUAUAUUACUGUCAACCGAACACUGUUGCAAAUAUGUACUAUUUCUCAUUCUUCGCGAGAGUUUUUUUACACUUUCUCUUUGGCGCGUAAGUCGUCUGGGGAGUUGGGCGUCUCGAGGCGAAUGCACAACGGCCCGAAAAGUUUGAGAAACCCUGCGCAGGAUCGUUCCGUUCGCGUAUCGUUCGCAAAUUCCGACAGGGCAUUUUGUCAUUCGUGUCUAGAAGUUGAAGCUAGUCUCGGACACGGUACGACGGCGCCGAGUUUUCGAAGUGGAUAAUUACUUGGUGGUCCCCUCGCCACCAGCGAGAAUGUGCCACUUGGUUUCGUUCCAGUAAGCUCGACUUUCUUCUUAUUAUCGGGACUGGGGAAGUUCGCGUCCCCGCGGUUCGAGCUCGUCGCGCCAAAAACCCUCGACGCUCUCACCGCCGCCAAGGGAAAUGAAUUAUGCCGCACGACCAGCGUCGCCGACUCGUCUCCGCCUCUGCGACCUCGAAUCCGUUCGAUAAUCGCAUUAAUGAAAAUGUCCGCGUAGCGGCACGGAAUUUAUUCGAUAUUAUUAUUGGUACAUCCGUUCGAGGCCGAUAAUUUGACGUUUAUAACAGUCAGCCGAAAAUCGCAUUUAUGGCUGGCCGCGUCAAUAUUUGAUCGCGCCUGGCCGCUUUGGAAUCGCUUUAUUUCCAGGAUGGUUUUUAGAAUUUUCGCGUUUCGCAACGAGGAGCCAAUCGUGUAACUCGAUUUCCUUUUUUACUUUCCUUUACUUUACACUUUCCUGAUCCACCAGACGGACGCGACGGUCUAAUAACGAUCGAUUAUCUUAGAACGCAUGAUAGCCGUGUUCGUGGGUCUUGUAUCGUCCGCUACAACGUUCGAUUACUCUGCGAACCCGAGGCUCGAUCACCGUGAAAUUCUGGGCAUCGUGGUCACGUCACUGUGAGAACUGAAACCUGUUCGCUCCGACAGGAACCGCGUACCGGAGGCUGUGCAAGUUGGCGUUGUUCUAAGCACGACGGUUUUCUUUGUUCUCGGCCUCAUUGUUCCGACAGCGAUUAAACUAUUUUUUUCCUCGGGCAUAUCAUUUUGGUUACGGCCAGCUCUAUCGAUUGUCUAGCUACCGUGUUUCUAUGUUUCUUAUCGCCCCUGAGCUCGGAUACCGUUUCCACGCUUCAGGGUUUCUAGACGUGCUCGAUUCGUCGUCUUCAAGAUUUUGAUCCUCUCGAUGCUAAUUCGUUCCUGUUGAAUGCAAAUUAAUGUAUUCGGAAACUGGUCUUGGUUCCCGGUGGAAUACACCGGACCGUUUGAUCCGCUGCACACGGAUGUUCCUCGGCCUGUUACGCGAAAUAUACCUAAAUUACCGUAGCUUGUACGUCGUGUUAUCGAUGAUUGUGAAUCGCUCGAAGGGAAGCGUUAGCGAUUGAAAAGAAAUAGAUUUGCCAGGAUCUAAAAUAAUAUUUAGACUAAUUUUACCGAGUACUCGAAUUCGAUUUGGUCGGCGUUAAUAACAAAAUCUGGGUCAAAAUUUGCCGCAAACUCCGAUGUACGCUGUCGUGACUGCAAAUUCCAAUCAAACAAAUUGCAAUAAAAAAAAAAAAAAAAAAAAUAUUUAAUUGAAUCGCACGGUGUGUUUUAUCGGAGAUCGAUAUUCGCGACACGCAUUAACGUUUAGCAAAGUCGUGUUACCGUCGUCGCGACGGAAAAUCGCGAGAAAACAUUUGGAAUUUAAAUUAGCCUUUCGCGCAACUAUGGACAAAUAGCGGCUUACUUAUUCGUACGCCUAAUAAACGAGCUGUUUGGUAAGACUGUCGGAUCGCCGAGCUCGUUACGCUUUCACAGGAGGGGCGUCCUCUAAUCCAUCUUUCCCGAGGACACGACGCGCGAAGUAGAGAGCAGAAGAUAUUGGUAUUCCCGGCGAAAAUAUGUCGAGCCAACGAAAUUCCGGCGGGGGCGGCUUCGGGAGCCUUUAAAGUCGCGAAGUCGCUCGAAACAAAUUAUACGAGGAGACGAGGACGAGCGAAACGCGCGUGUGUGCGACGCGACGCGUGCAUUUCUGGAGAAGCCGCGAAUACUUCUCUUCCCUCGGAGACCCUCUUUUGUUAUUUUCCCAGCGUGGAAGGAGGAAGAAGAAGCCAACGCACGCGAAGGGCGAAAAAGUGGGUAGGAGGUUGAAGGUGGAAGCGUAGGUGGAUGGGAAACGCGAGCAAGAGAGAAACGUACGCGCGAGUUCGGCGAGAUACGGUAUAAAAUAUACUUAAUCUGUAUUCGGGACACGAUCCCUGCCCAGCCGGCUGCCUAGCCGACGGAAUACAAAAUUCCCGUAUUCAGAUGCUUUGCGACAGAAAUUGACUUUAUUGAGGUUUAUUGAUCCGCAAUAUUGUGUUCCGCCGUGGCACAGCCACCCAGCCUUCGCGUGCCACGACUGUGUCGAAUGUGCUCUGCAGAGCUGUGUGCGAGUGCGAAACUGAGCGAUUCCACCCGAUACGUGUGCGCACACGUAUCGACUCUUUCGUUUCUGUCCCCCGAGAUACGCUUUACUUUCUAGCGUUGCACGCCACCGGGACAAAAUCCCCAAAACCGGCCGAUACUGGAAACAGUUCUCGACUCUGCGCGAAACCAAACGUGUAAGGGUUGCCCAUCUAGCAUGGAACCUAUGCGAACAUUCGCUGUUCACAAAAUUAUAAAUUCUAACGAUGGAGACCGCAUCAGAAGGAUCGGUGUCAAAGGAUACAGAAUAGAGGCGUGCUUUGAAGAGGCCACGAGCAUCGCCAUUGAUUACAUGUUCGCGUCUAUUUGACCAGAAAUCACCUUCGUUCGCGGAUGGAUACCGAAAUACAGAGUAUCGCGAGAUCACUCGUGAAUACGAAACUGGAUAUCCGACAAACGAACGAUAUCAUAGGCUGUCAGACCGAUUCGUUUAUCGUCAUUUUGGCUAAUCCUUUCGGCAAAAAGAGAAUUUCAAUUUUGAUUUUGUAGUCUAUUACGGACUAGCAAAGUUUUUAAAUAACUAAAUUCUUCAAUUAGUAAAUACGAGUUUGGAAACGUAUGUAUGGUUCCAAGUUAUGCUGCCAUUCUCAAGAAAUAAAACCGUGUUUCACUUUUCUUCCUUUCGCUCGUCGAGUCGAGUAACACAUUUUCUCGAUCGCUUCGAUCGUGAUCUAUUUUACAUCCAGGCUUUUACCAUUUCGCGUAUUCAAGGCGCCAGUGUCGCGUAGUUGCACAUGUUCUUCCGUAUUUAAAUUUAAUUUUCUUCCCGAGAGUACAGCGGAGGUGCCACCUUUUCCCGGGAAACCUUCGCCCUCUUUCCUUAGUUCGGUCGAAUCUUGCAAAUUUUUAGCUGAGUGCAUAUCGAGCUUUUACUUCGCGCAUCCGUACAUGCGGAGAAUCGUCCAAGUAGAGGCGAAACGUUACGUCUUGGGCAUGCAGGUCGCGAAGAAUCGCGUGUAAUGAAAAGGGUGUCGACUUCGAAGCUUCUCCGAGCGGUC